ACGUCACACAACACGAGACAAACAUGGAGGGAAAGACUGAGGACGCGUCCUCAACAGCGCCGAAGCCUCUUACACCUGCUCAGACACGGCUCCUUAAAAGACAGCAGGAACUGGAGCACUGGAAGAGGCACUCAAAACAACUGCGAAGCCGUAAUUUGAUCACGGGCCUGACCAUCGGAGCCUUUGUGCUGGGCCUAUUCAGCUACACCAUUCUCUCAGUCAGGCAGGAGAGAAUCAUGGAUGAGAUUGAUGAUGAGGCAAAGACCUUCGUCAUGAAAGGCCCUCGGACGGGGGCCAACUCUUAAGACGCUCCUCUGGCUCACUGAUGCCAACUUUCUAAUGUUGGCAGGGCAGUUAUCAUUUGUCUUCAUGUUUGAGACUGUAGAUCUCUUGAUACAUUAUCAAUGAACAUAUUUUCUGGUAGCCACAUUAUAUGGCACAAAGCAAAAUGCCCUCAUGAACUUGUUAACUUGUGUUUUUCAUUAUAUUUAUUUCUUUUAAUCAUUCCUUGUCUGCCUUUUCUUAUGCUAGUUGCUGUAACUUAAAAAUAAAACAAAAAUGGAUAUUGAAUUUGAUAGGUUUUAUGUAUUGGCUAUUUUCAACGUGAAGCAUCUAGUUAUUUUUCAGAACUGUUAUUAUAACUGCUUUAUAAUGUUCUAUUGUAUUCCGCUAGAUGGCAGUAUAUGUCACAUUAGUAGGAGCUGAUAGGAGCUAGUUUGUUUAUACAGUAUACAGGCAUGGCUUGAUAAGCUUGCAGGACACACUGUACCUUUCCGGUCAUGUGCCACUUGAGACAAAAUGGAUUAGUUAUAUAGGCUUGAUUUCCAGAGUCUCUGAGAAAUCUGGAGAAUAUCAUAACAAAUGUCAUAGAUUAAUCAUGUCAUAAUGAAAAAUUGUACAUACUGUAUUUAAGAAUCCUAAGGUCUGCAAAACCUUAUCCCAUAGAGCUAUGUUAGAUUGAACUUUUGCAGCCUUCUCCACUCUGAUAAUAUUCUUACUGGGGAUGUUAAAGGAAUAUUCUUGGUUGCAUACCGUUAAGAUAAAUUGUGGCAUAAUUUUGAUCAAAUUGAUUUUGAAUUCUUCUAUUUCUUUAAAGAAAAUAAAAAAUCUUGGAGUGAAUGGGGGCCAAUCUAGAAUUGUUGUUUUACUAUUAAAACAAUAUUUUAACAAGACAUAAACAAUAUGCAUCAUGCAUGUAACGUU